UACAAACUUUUUGCGAUGUUGAGAAGUCCACAUUUCAGUUAAUUAGUAACAUUUGGAAUUAUCAAAAUCUCUCUCUCCUUUUAUUUCUCUCUCCUCAAAACCCUAAUUUCUUCUGAUUCAGCUUCAGCCUUGUGAUACCUAUCCCAUUUCUCUUCACCAUUAUCGUUCAUCCGUAAAUUCCUCGAUCUGCCGUAUCUAAUUUCCGACGUCAACGACGAGAACUCAGAACCGUUGUUCAAGCUCCAAGGUUGCUCUCUCUUACUCUCUCUCACUUGCUGUAAUGGAAAAUUUUUCUUCUCUGCUCCCCAGCUAUGUUCGAGUUUGUGUUCUUCUUCUUCUUCUUCUUCUUCCUGUGUUUUUUGGAGUUAAUCAUUUUCGGUCAGCUUCAAGCGUUAGGAUGUUGUCUCUGCUUUUGAUGGAGUUUGGCUACUCCGAAGUAACAAUUGCCGUCGGUAUCCUGUGGAUUUUGUUGCUUUUUUACUGUUUUCUGCUGAAUCUUCAGUUGUUCUUCCGCGUCGUUGCAUGUUUGUAAUUUGUAGUUGAUCUUUUGUGGUUUAGAGAAACUGGAGCGAAAUGAAAUUGGAUGUUGUGCGUAAGCUUGGAAUGAACUAUGGAACUUUUUUUUUUCUUUACUAGCUCUUCUAUAUUGCACCGUUUGUUAUGACUUUUGUGUUAUUUUUUUUUUUUGUAUAUUUUGGCUUAUUUUCUCAUUUUCUCAUACUCUCUGCAAUGUCACUAGUGUACGAGAGCGUGGAGAGGUUGGUAUGUGCCUCUUUCUAUCAUGUUUUUGUAAGAUUUAGGUCUCGUUUCUCAUAUCGUAAUUCCAAUUACCUGUAUAAUUCUGCUAUUCAUAUUGCUAGAGUUCGAAGGACCAUACUAGUUCGGCCUGCUUAAUGCUUAUGCAAUGGUUGGCUGGGCUCCUCCGUGAUGUUAGAUUCAACAAUGCUUCUUGAGUUCUGGAUUUGGAGGAGCUUUUUAGGAUAUGUUUACGCUUGAUGAGUUACUGGCUUUGGUAACUUGUUAACUGGAACAGUGGAGAUUUGCUACUACUCAAAACAAUAGAGCUCACUUUAGAAUUUUCCAGGAAAAAUUGCAUCAGAAGGAAUUUUCUAGCUGUGGAGAGAUGUCUCCAGCAUCAAAAUCUAAAUCAAAAGACAAGAAAGCCAGCAAAGAAGUACAGAAGCCUACACCGAAGCCGACAGGACCUGCUGCUGCUGGUAGUAGCAGUGUUCCAGCUAGCGCGUAUAAUCCUCUUUCAGGAACCUUCCAUGCUCUUGAAUCAGCAGUAUCUGUUUCUUCACCUCUUCAUUCCAAUGGUCGAUUCAAGAACAUAGAUGACACAGAUGCUCAAUCUGGGGUUCUACUUUCUUCAGUGGCAGAGUAUGAUACCGUUUCUAAUAAUGGUAGCUGGUCUGGCGAGUCAGAAGACCAUAAAGACAGGAAGUCUAACCCCACUGUCCGGCAAGAAACAAUCCCAGGGGCAGACAUUGAUAAGCGAGAAAAAAUCCGUCAAAAGAAUGAGAAGAAGCAUCAGCGUCAAAAAGAGAGACGUGCUCAGGAAUUGCACGAACGCUGUAGUGGCUACCUUAUGUCCAGAAAGCUCGAAGCUCUUGCUCAGCAACUAGUUGCGAUGGGCUUUUCACAAGAUCGAGCGACCAUAGCUCUCAUGCUAAAUGAAGGAAAAAUAGAGGAGUCAGUUGCUUGGCUUUUUGAAGGCGGUGAAGAGGCAAAUGAUUCAGCUAAUCAAAAUCUUGGUGGGCAAAAUUUAAAACUCGACAUAUCAGAAGAGCUCGCUCGUAUAGCAGAUUUGGAAAUACAGUACAAGUGUACAAAACAAGAAGUUGAGAGAGCUGUCGUUGCUUCUGAAGGUGAUCUGGAGAAGGCAGCUGAAUCGUUGAGAGAAUUGAAGCUUGAUCCGCCUGCUGCUCCUCCUAAGCCUGAAGGAACCGGUGAUCCUCCAACUACUUUAAGCGGUAAGUUUCCUGGUAAUAAUACUAGUCAAGCCUCCUUAAGAACACAAGCUAAUCCCAAUCCUCCUUCAAUACAACAAAGAAAGGAGGAAAAGGAUUUUAAUUAUACAAAAGGAGCAAUCACAGCCGGUAUGUCUAUAGAAUCUCUCGGCAAGAAUAUACCGCAGCCUAUGAGGAGGAAUCAGCCAAAGAUGGAAUGGGGAAAUUAUGAACAAAUCACAACAGCUGAGAAAAGGUGGCCAAGUUCAGGUACUAGUCCAAUUUCCUUCUCUUUAGCAUCAGCACCGACACAAUUGUCAUCUCCGCCGAUCAAGAAUGAAGCUCGUUAUUUAACAAUCGGAACCGAGUUUAAUGGUCUUCAAUCUGGCCCAGUGAGAGAACUAAAUUCCAUAGUACAGAGUCGGAACCUAUCAUUGCAUACCAAGCCGGCAUCUGUUGGUACUAUAAGUUCAUCACCUCCUGCUAGUUGGUAUUCUAGCAAUGGCCUCGGAAACAUGACGUCGUCUAGUGGGUUCUUGCCGCAGAUUCGUGGCUCGAGAGGUUUCAAACCUAGUGAGAUGACAUUGAAUCAAAUGUAUCCUCAAGUUCAGUAUCAACAGCAACAGCAACAACAUUUUGUCCCUGGUAAUAGCCGUGGGGACUUCCUUGAAGCCACCCACACCAAUGCUUCAUGGAGUAGGACAGGUGCAUCUUCCUCCAUAGCUCCAGCCUCCUCCCUCGGACUAUUUUCAGGGGCAAGUUCAACUCAAUCAGGAUCGUCAUCACCUGUAGAUUGGAGUACGGGUAGCUCGAUGCCGCAUUUAGACUACUCCGACAUAGACUGGUCUGUGGAUAAAGGUCUAACUUCAGUUCGACCUGGUGGGUUGUUGCAGGGGUUGAAUUCCUAUAUGCAGAAGAAUCCUCACCUUUACGAGUUGAAUACUUCCCGUUUGGUGGAUGCUCAGCCGUUCGUGCCGUCGGUGCCUUCUAAUUUCAAUAGAGUUCCAAUGGCUGGAUUGCAAAAUGGAGGCGUCGCUACAGAAACAUCAGCUAAUGGUUCUAGAGAGUGGACUUCUCCCUUUGAAGGGAAGGAUAUUUUCAGUUUUCCUAGACAGACUGUUUUCUCUCCUCCAUAAGAGAGAGGGAAAUUUGUGACAAUAAAUGAAAAAUUAAAAGAAAAGAAAAGUGAGUUUAAUGAAUUGUUUUCCCCUUUUUUUCUUU